AUGGCGGCCGUUCCUUUGAAGAGAAGGGAACGUUGGGCAGGAAAGCCGAAGCGAAAACCCGGAUGCAGUAAAGACGUUGAUCCACACUGGAACCCAUCCACAGACAACCAGGCAGUGUGCAGAGCCUAUCGUAUUGGCCAGACCAAGUCAGUGAUAGUCUAUCGGCUAAUCACCUGCGGGACGAUAGAAGAGAAGAUCUACCGUCGACAGGUCUUCAAGGAAUCUCUUAUCAAGCAAACAAUGGGCAAUUCUGAGGAAGAUACAUACAGGUAUUUCACCAGCCAAGAGCUACGACACUUGUUUAAGCUUGAAGACACCGAGAUAUCUGUUACACAGAAACAGCUGGAAGGUCUCCAUGCAUGGCAAAGAAAGUCUUCGAGAGAACUAGAUCAACACAUUGCAUUCCUGAAACCAAUAGUGAGCGGAAUCAGCGAUCAUGAUCUCCUCUUUUCGUUGGAUUGCAAAACCUUGAUGGCAAAGUUCGCCGAGUAUGACGCAAAGGUAAGCGUGAAUGGGAUUCAUAGUUUUAAUGUUGGUGCUUGUGCUUAG